UCAGUCAGUCAGUCAGUCAGCCGCCAGGUGGUAAACUCUGCCAGUGCAAUGAUAAGUGUCGCUGAGUGUUCCUCGUUGCCCUCGCUGGAAAGUUUGUAAUUAUUCAUCUCGUCUACAAGGGAGUGUAACGAGAAAGAAAAGAACGAAAGAAUGCGUUACAAUCAGUGCUAUUGAAAAGCAGCCCACACUCCUCCCACUCGCUCGCUCCCAUAAGUGUAUGCAAGGAGGCGCAGUAGCAAACAGGACUUGGUAAAAGACUGAGUGAUCCAGGAGAGUGUAAUAUUGAAAGUGGCUUUGUCUUGUGUGGAUUCGUGGAGCACCAAGUGAACAAGUGAAAAGUAUAAGACAGAGAAGACAGUAGUGGUGAUGUGUGGUGAGGGUACAAGGAGUGGAGGACUGCAGUAAAACAUCAAACUCAAAUUCAACAUUGGGAAUUGGGAGUGAGAGAGUAAAUCCUUGACUCCCGGCCGGCGAUGAGCGGUUGAAAGGAGACGACGAGGCGCUGGUAAAGGAAAAGGAAGAGAAGAUGAACAACACCAGCAACGAUAACAGUAACAAUAACAGCAACAACAUGGCGACAGCUGCGACGACGGCGGCGGCAUCACAACAGCUCCUGGCCCUGUUUAGUGCCUGCGAUAAACAAGGCAAAGGAUAUAUCGUGAAGGAGGAGCUGCGAGACCUCUGCUCGAGUCUGGCCAUCGCCGACGAAGACUCCGACGUUAUCUUCAUCGACCUCGACCGAGACAAGGACGGCAAGAUCAGCUACACCGAGUUCUCCAAGGGCUUCGUCGAGUUCUUAAACCGCGACGCCGAAGAAAACACAGACAAGAGGGUUGCCAACGGAGGCAACAUGGGGCAGGAGGAGGAAAAUGUCGAGGAGGGUGAGCCGAGGGAAGCGGAGCAGAGCGUGGGCGGGAGUGCGAGGCGGAGGGAGAGCGUGCACCAGGCGUGGAGCGUCCUCACCAAUAACCUUCCUGACCUCACCAAGGCCACGCUGGGAGCCAAAAGCGGCGCCCAGAUCAAGGAGCUUCUGACGGACCUGCAGAGCCUCCCCACCCCCGAGGACGUGACGAGCCGGGUGAGCUGUGUCCUGUCGACGCUGCUGCAGGAGAUCGAGCUACUGCAGGACCACCACAAGAGGCUGGAGGUCCUUUAUCAGAAGGAACGAGCUCACCACGCCACGGCCCUCAAGUCCCUGGAGAGUGAACUUGAGGACCAGGUGGCGCGGGUGGAGCAGAAGGUGAAGAUGGAGGCGCGGCAGGAGAGCGAGGAAGAGAAGAGGCAGUUGCAGGACCAGAUGGAGCAGGAGAUGGCGCAGCUGCAGACACACCUGAGGAUAUUUCAGAAGGUGGACUCAUGGCUCAAAAAAGAGGAGACGGGAGGCGGGGAGAGAGUGCAGGAGGUGAGGAGGAAGCUAGAGGAGGCGUACCAUGACAACAGAACUCUCAACAUGUCCCUCCACGAGACCACCGCCAACCUGGGCCUCAUGCGCUCCGACCUCGCUCAAAUGCGUCUACAGUACGAGGAGAAGUGUAGAGAGUUGCACAGCGAGCGGGAGGCCGUCUUGGAAUACAUGCACCAGUACGACCACAUGAAGCGGCAGAUGGAGCUCCUGCAUGAGGCCAACAAGCGCCUUCAGGACACCAACGACAGCAUGCGCAGCGCCCUCGAGACGGAAUGGCGCCACUCUCCGCUGCUCUCCCGCGCCUCCAGCACCCGCUCCUCCUCCAUCCAGCGGUCCAAGGAGCGGCGCAGGAGUCACAGCCGCUCCCGGUCGCCGCAUAUCCCCGUCCUCUCCUCCGCGGACAGCGAGGGGGGGCUCAAGUACGGCAUCCGGCGCCUCAUGGACGACCUCGACUCCGGCCUGUCCACGCUGCCAGACUCUGCGGAGGACGGCGCCUUCUCCCACGACGAGAUCAAGCUUUCCGAGACUGACGGACCCAUGUCGCUGGAGGAGGAGCUCGGCAGCCUCGGAUCCCAGUCACCGCCCACCACACACACGGCAGACCGCCCCCCCAGCCAGCCCGGGAUCACGCCCUCCUCCUCCCCCUCCCCCCCGCCAGGCCCUGAGGCGCCCCCGCUCACGCCCACCUCACGAAGAACGCCGCGGGAGGGAAGCCAGGAGAGGAAUGGACCCAGCCACCAGUACCAUCGCAACAACACAAGGGCUAAAGGCACCACAGGCUACGAGGCAGUGGGUCCCCCUGAGAGAACGUAUAAAGUGGUAUUUGCCGGCGACGCUGCUGUAGGGAAGUCCACCUUUAUCGUGAGGCUCUGCAAGGGCUACUUCGUCAACAAUAUCGCCUCCACCCUCGGUGUGGACUACAAGGUGAAGACGCUCUGUGUGGACGAGAAGAACAUCGCCCUGCAGCUGUGGGAUACGGCAGGCCAGGAACGCUUCCGCUCCAUCACCAAGACGUACUUCAGGCGGGCAGACGGCGUCCUCCUCCUGUACGACGUGACCAGCGAGCGAUCCUUCCUGAACGUGCGGCAGUGGAUCCAAAGCAUUGACGACACGUGCGAGACGCGUGUUCCGCUGGUGCUGUGCGGGAACAAGGAGGACAUGAGGGUCAGAGCGGCGGCGGAGGGCAGGAGCACCAUCAGCAGUGCCGACGGGGAGAAGCUGGCGAAGGACUGCGGCGCCGUGUUUAUCGAGACCUCGUGCAAGACCGGCGCAGGUGUGAUGGACGCCCUGGUGCAGCUGGCCAGACAAAUGGUGACAACCGAGGACGUGGAGGUGCAGACUUCGGCCCUCAAGUUUUGUGCCGCUGACCAGAAGAGGUCUUGCUGCGGCGGGAAGAAGGACGUCUGAUGCUCGUCGUGUCGUGGUGGUCUGGCGGCUGAAAACAAGAGACGGGUGGAAGAGAAGACAGUGAUGCGAUGAACCGUGAUAUUGUAGCAGGACUAAAAACAGAAAUACUGGUAAGAGUAAGCUGAAAAUUAGUAGAAAGGAAAAAGAAGUGUAGUGAGUUGAUAUUUUUGUACAUUUGUGGUAAAAGUGUUGAUGAAGGAGAUGGGUAGAAGGAGUUACGUGGGUGUAGAUCUAUUAUGUUUUUCUACAAACUAAUUAACUAACACUAUUUAGAGGCUUGUAGGUAGCUAAGGAACCAAAGGCGUGAAUGUGAUUAAUGAUGUGAGGUAUACGUAUGGAUGAAGCGUGUGAGAGAGAGAGAGAGAGAGAGAGAGAGAGAGAGAGAGAGAGAGAGAGAGAGAGAGAGAGAGAGAGAGAGAGAGAGAGAGAGAGAGAGAGAGAGAGAGAGAGAGAGAGAGAGAGAGAGAGAGAGAGAGAGAGAAAUAUUAAUGUCAGUGUUUAAUAUUGCCGUAGUUAAGUAGUGAACAUUAAUAACAUCUCCAAUAUAAUAUUCAUCAUAUUCUUAAACUGUGUAAUUAUAUAUACUAUGUCUUUUGCACUGUAUGUUUUUUUUCUUUUCUGAGAGGGUAUGUUUCUGCAAGGUACUCCUGGUAUUUUGCAGCGUAACCACUCCUUAUUACCGAUUAUGUUAUAUAUUGCACAAAAUCAACACUGUGUAGGAGGCUUAUUAAUAGCUUUUAUAAACAAUGUGAUUUUACGAGUGAGAAAAUAAACUGUUGUGUAUUAGCGACAUAUUUUACCAUCAUUUUUACCUUGCUGGAAACACACACAAAAAAUAUAUAUAGAUCAGGUUGUGGAGGUUAGUAACACGGAUCAAAUAUAUAAAUUAUUGUUAGCGUGAAAAAAAAUUUGUUUUGGGGAUUUUCCAGGCUAUGCAGCAAGUCAUUAAAAUUGAGGAAUAUUUGUACACACACACACACACACACACACACACACACACACACACACACACACACACACACACACACACACACACACACACACACACACACACACACACACACACACACACACACACACACACACACACACACACACACACACACUU